UCGAGAUCACCCGCCGCCGGCGCCGGGCUCCGCACGGGUGAGGAGCGGAAGCCUCUGUCCCGAGGCGGACUCCCGCGUCACAGAGCCCGGGCGGCCACGGGGAGGUGCGGAGCGGGGGCGCCCGGCGGACUCCGCGACCCCCGGCGAGCGGGCGCCCCGAGCGGGCAGCCCCUCCGGGGAAGGCGGCGGCGGCCGCGUUGGCCGCGCUCGGGCGCCCCUCGCGCGUCGCUCCAUGCCCGUGUGGUGCUGUCGCUGUUCCCUGGCCGGUCAUUUCAGAAAUUAUAGUGACACUGAAACCGAAGGAGAGAUUUUUAAUUCCUUAGUGCAAUAUUUUGGUGAUAAUUUGGGGCGAAAAGUUAAAGCGAUGCCAUUAGUUGAAGAAACUUCUUUACUUGAAGAUUCAUCAGUGACUUUGCCUGUGGUGAUAAUAGGAAAUGGACCCUCAGGAAUAUGCCUUUCUUAUAUGUUAUCAGGCUACAGACCAUAUUUAUCAUCAGAAGCAGUACACCCAAAUACAAUUUUACAUAGUAAAUUAGAUGAAGCAAGACAUCUUUCCAUUGUUGAUCAGGACUUAGAAUACUUGUCUGAGGGCCUUGAGGGCCGAUCAUCCAAUCCAGUUGCAGUGCUUUUUGACACACUUCUUCAUCCAGAUGCUGACUUUGGGUAUGAUUAUCCAUCCGUUUUGCAUUGGAAACUAGAACAACAUCAUUAUAUCCCACACUUAGUUCUUGGUAAAGGUCCACCUGGUGGGGCUUGGCAUAAUAUGGAAGGCUCCAUGUUGACAAUCAGCUUUGGAAAUUGGAUGGAGCUACCUGGACUUAAAUUUAAGGAUUGGAUGUCUAGCAAACGAAGGAGCCUAAAAGGGGAUCGAGUUAUGCCAGAGGAAAUAGCUCGCUACUAUAAACAUUAUGUAAAAGUCAUGGGUCUUCAGAAGAAUUUCAGAGAAAAUACUUACAUAACCUCUGUAUCAAGACUCUAUAGAGAUCAAGAUGAUGAUAGUCAAGACGGAGAUAUUUCAACAAAGCAUUUACAGAUAGAGAAGUCAAAAUUUAUCAAGAGAAACUGGGAAAUCAGGGGUUAUCAGCGAAUAGCAGAUGGUUCUCAUGUUCCCUUCUGUCUCUUUGCUGAGAAUGUAGCUCUGGCAACUGGAACAUUGGAUUCUCCUGCACAUCUGGAAGUUGAAGGGGAAGAUUUCCCAUUUGUGUUUCAUUCAAUGCCUGAAUUUGGAGCUACUAUAAGCAAAGGAAAGUUGCGUGGCAAAGUGGAUCCAGUGUUAAUUGUAGGUUCUGGGCUUACUGCAGCUGAUGCAGUACUAUGUGCUUACAACAAUAAUAUCCCUGUGAUUCAUGUAUUUCGCAGAAGAGUAACUGAUCCAAGCUUAAUUUUCAAACAGCUUCCCAAAAAGCUUUAUCCUGAAUAUCAUAAAGUCUAUCAUAUGAUGUGUACUCAGUCAUAUUCUGUAGACUCAAAUCUUUUAUCUGAUUAUACCAGUUUUCCUGAGCACCAUGUGCUUUCUUUUAAGUCGGACAUGAAAUGCAUUCUUCAAAGUGUCUCUGGAUUGAAGAAAAUAUUUAAGCUCUCUGCAGCAGUAGUAUUGAUAGGUUCUCAUCCUAAUCUAUCUUUUCUGAAGGAACAAGGGUGUUACCUAGGCCAUAACUCAAACGAGCCGAUUACAUGUAAGGGUAAUCCUGUGGAAAUAGAUGCAUAUACCUAUGAGUGUGUUAAAGAAACCAGCCUUUUUGCAUUGGGUCCUUUGGUUGGAGACAAUUUUGUUCGAUUUUUGAAGGGAGGAGCACUGGGUAUUACACACUGUUUAGCUACAAGACAGAAGAAAAAGCAGCAUUUGUUUGUUGAAAGAGGAGGAGGAGAUGGGAUAGCUUAAUGCAAGUUUACAGGUAAUUUAAAUGGACAGUUUACCAUUAAAGAUUUUUAAUAGUGAUUUUGCAGUGCACUGGCUUGAAUUUUCUGGACUUGAAUUAACUGGAGCAGAGCCUCAAGCUAUAUAGUAACUUCAUUUUUUUAAAGUUACCAGAAUUUGGUGUCCUAAUUUAUAUUUUAAUGUAUCAAAGGUAUCACUGUCAGACAAAUAGAAACAUUGACAGCUAGGUAUACUUUAAGCUUUCACUUAACUGAAACAUUCUUUUCUUCCAGGAUUUAUUUUUUGUGAUCAUUUUUGGUUAUAUCUUAAGUUUGAUUCCGAAAUAUUAUAGCUUUGAGUCUAUAAAACUGCACAGUCAUUAUGCCAGAAAUUGUCCUCACUAUAUAAUGGGUCACCUUGCUACUCAAAGGAUGGUCCAGUGACCUGAAGCAUCAGUUUCAUCUGUAGCUUGUUAGAAAUGUAGACUUUCAGGCCCCACAACAUAUUUACUGAACCAGAAACUGCAUUUUAACAAGAUCCCCAAGGAAUAUGUGUGCUCGUUGAAGUUUGAGAUACACUGGUCUGAAUGAAAAGGGGAUAUAAGGGUAUGUGUGCUGGGGUUGGGGUGGGGGCAAGGAGGCAUUUACAACUCAGGUUUUAUUUAUUAUAAAGUCAUCAGUUGUAUAAAUCUAAUUUAUUACCAAAUAUGAUGGUCUUUAAAAAAAUAUUUUUAUUGUUGAAACCUUGACAGGAAUGUCAAAUUAUUAACUUCUAAUAAUUUAAGCAGUCCAAUAAUGUUAGUAUAUACUUCGGCGUCUAAGAACCCGCCAAGAUAUUUUCCAGAGAUUUAUUCUCUACUUAACCACGCAAUUCAAUAAACUGUGGAUGGAAGGAACUAUU